GGGGUCCCGGGGACCAUUCUGGCGGCCGCUUCCUCUCCCGCCCGCCGCCGGAGCCCGGCGAUGGUGGCCGCCAGCGCUCCCGCGCUGUAGCGGGCGCCCCCUAAGUUUGGGAGCCGCCGCCGCCGCGGCGCGGACAGGCGUCUGCAGAAGGGCAAGAAAGUUUUGCAGGGUGCGCCGAGCCGGCCCUGGGCGCACCUCCCGCGGCUCCCUCCCCGCUUCCCGGCGCCUGGAGCCUGUCGGCGGGUAGUGGGGGGUGGCAGCAUGGCCCGCGAGCCGGAGGACGAAGAGACGGCGGGGGCAGCCGCCCUGGCCCGCGGCUACUGGGGCUCGCCGGCCCGGGCCGGGGCGCGGCGGCCGCCCCUCUGGCUGCUCUGCCUGGUGGCGUGCUGGCUGCUGGGCGAUGUGGCUGACGCCGACUUCUCCAUCCUGGAAGAGGCGCAAGUGCUGGCGAGCCAGAUGAGGAGGCUGGCAGCCGAGGAGCUGGGGGUCGUCACCAUGCAGCGGAUAUUCAACUCCUUUGUUUACACUGAGAAAAUCUCAAAUGGAGAAAGUGAAGUACAGCAGCUAGCCAAAAAAAUCCGAGAGAAGUUCAACCGUUACUUGGAUGUGGUCAACCGGAACAAGCAAGUUGUAGAAGCAUCUUAUACAGCUCACCUGACCUCCCCACUAACUGCAAUUCAGGACUGCUGUACUAUCCCACCUUCCAUGAUGGAGCCUAUCUACGUCUCUACAGUCCGGCCACAGUCAAAGCACAUUGUAGUGAUCCUGGACCACGGGGCUUCUGUCACGGACACCCAGCUUCAGAUUGCCAAGGAUGCUGCCCAGGUCAUCCUCAGCGCCAUCGAUGAACACGAUAAGGUGACUAUUACCCCAGUGACCCCCAUGGCAUUGGGUCUUCCUUGA